GGUUCCGCUAGCGACCAUUUCCCAUCAUCUUCAAGUGCUCCUUCUUCUGAUACUUCAGAACAGAAAUCAAAGUCUUCUUCGUAAAUGUUCCUGGCUGCCCUCCUCGUGGGGUUCCUGAGGUUCCUGGUUCAGCGGUUCCACGUACUCAGGUUCCUGGUGCCACUGGGUUCGGCUUCAUGGCGCCAGAUGUUCAUGGUCGUGGCUCAUCCCCGCCACGUGCUUCUCCGCCAUGCAUUGACGGAGCUGUUCGCCACCUUCUUGGGCCUGCAAACCCGACUCCUGUUUCAUCUAAUGGUCCAAGUUCUUCACUGCUUGGACUUGGGUACUGCAGCUCUUUGCCAGACUCCAGUUCAAGCGGCAGAUCAGCACGGCCCUCCUCUGUGGACUCCGAUGCAGGCGUUACGUCUCCAGUGCAUGAGUCCCCAAUUGAUUCUGCGCCUGAUUGUGUUUCGGGUGCUGGUCCUGAGCCCGAAGGUUCAGCUACGCCUAAUACAAUUGCCGCGUCCACCGCGGAUGCUGUUUUUGGUGCACCAUCAUGCUCAUCGCCACCACACCUGACUGCAAGCACGCCUACUGAAUCGGGCUUCGCCACGCCUGUUUCAACACCUCUACCAUUGACAUUUCAAGUAGAAGGACGCCCAAGACGUCAUAUACGUUUACCAGAACGAUUUAAAGACUAUGUCAUGAAUAUCUUGGACAUGAGCCCAUCAUCCACAUCUCAUGAAAUCAUGGACAUUUGAAUCUUUG